AUGGUGGUUAUGGUGGUAGUUCCGGCGGCGGCGGUUAUCCGGCGACGGCGACGUGGUUGUCCGGCGACGGUGGUUGUCCGGCGACGGUGGUUGUCCGGCGACGGUGGUUGUCCGGCGACGGUGGUUGUCCGGCGACGGUGGUUGUCCGGCGACGGCGGCGGUGGUUGUCCGGCGAUGGUGACGGUGGUUGUCCGGCGGUGGCGGCGGCGGUUUCCAGCAACGGCGGUGGUUGCCGGCGAUGGUCGUUAUGGUGGUGAUUCCGGCGGCGUCGGUUUUCCGGCGGCGUCGGUUUUCCGGCGGCGUCGGUUUUCCGGCGACGGUGGUUGUGGUUGUCCGGCGGCGGAGGUGGUUGUCCGGCGGUGGAGUUGGUUGGCCGGCGGCGGUGGUUAUCCGGCGACGGUGGUUAUCCGGCGGCCGUGGUUGUAG